AUGUGGCUAACAGUUGCAUUAGCAUCUCUUCUGCUUUUACCACAUUACGAAGUACACGGCUACGCACCGGAUGACUUGUUAAUGUUGGAUCGAAUCAUUUGCGCCAACGGGAAGGAUCCAUACACAGGAUACUUCAAUUAUACAACUUGCAACCGCUAUCCAGGAGCGCAAAUCUUCCCCUUUUGCGUCUACAUCGUGGUUCCAUCUACAGAAAAAACGGCCAGCAAAACGUAUUACGGUUGUGUGUUUGCUGAACAGUUGCCACAAAAAUGCAUCGAUUACGGAGAUUAUUACUUUUCCAGCACGGAUAUCACUUUCAAUGGGAUGAAAUUGCACGGAGCCUUAAUGUGCUGCAUGGAUGAUUACUGUAACGAAGUGGAGGAGCCGGUAUUUGCGCAAGUACGUUUGAUGGAAUUAUCUCAGAACGACUUCAGAAAUGCAUUACCGUUUCUUAUUCUUCUCCUGUUAGUCACUGUCUCGAUAAUGCCAUUGAUGAACAGUCAUCUGGAGGAACGACGCAAGGACAGCCUCAAACGAGCAGAAAAAGCUCAAUGGAUUGAUCAAAUGCCGAAUGCUCUUCCGCUUAUAGAAAUUAACAAAUGCUACAUGAUCAGUCCGAAUUUCUCGUCGCUUCGCAGGCUACAUGAUACAUUAAGACAUUUCAACCAGGCUUACAAAUUUCCAGUGAACGAAACUAUAGAAGAUCAAGAGGCAAAUAUGUUCCUGGAAGUGCACACAACUCAACAAGACGCUACUGUCUGUAAACGGGUCAAACGUAAGGUCCAAACAAAGCUUUCCUCGCUAGCAAUGAAAAUGGUCGAACAUGGACCGUAUGAGUUCGAUUUCGAUCCGACAGAGGUUGGAGAUCUGUUCGAUUCCGUAUCGCAACUUCUUUCGCGCGAACCAAGCCUUCUACAAUUGGCCGCUGAUGUGUGGAUCUAUGGGAACCUGGACGGCAGCUAUGCCACCGUAUACCGAUGGCUACACUCAAAUGGAUGGCCGCCGAAGAGAAAAGUCCUCUUUCUCGGUGGCUACACUGCGGAUGGACGUUACUACUCUUUAGAAACCAUCACGUUGCUCUUUGCUCUUAAGAAACAAAUGCCCAAUCAUGUAUAUUUGCUUCGAGGUGCUGCAGAGGUAUAUCCUAUGAACAUCGAGGGUCGCUUUUCUCGACGAGUCACACGAUGUCUAGAAGGAGUUAUUCAACGAGCUUGUGGAUAUCUACCGUUAGCUGCCACCAUCGCUGACACGAUUUUCUGUUGUCAUGGCGGAAUAACGCCAAGGAUGACUAAACUCAGUGAUAUCACGGACAUCAGGCGACCAAUUCAUCACGUUAGAAAAGGAACAAUUGCUGCUGAUUUGAUUUUCAGCGUAGUAAGCAAAAGCGCAGGACCAAUUGCAGGAGCGCGUGGUCGCCGCUUUAAUCCGAUGUGUGAUGAAACAGAAUUAGUUCUGAGAGGUCUUGGCAUGGAAAUGCUUAUACGAAGUCGUAAUCCCGUGAAACAAGGAUAUCAGUCAUUCGGCGCACGAACACUAUCGAUAUGGUCUGCACCUGGAGAGUCGAGCUGCAAAGCCGGAGCGGCCAUACAUGUGAACUGUUCGAAAGUACUCACCAUAGUGAAAAUGGCCGAAUACGGAACCUUUACCAAGGAACAGUUGGAAAACGCUCAAAUUGAUCAUGCCAAUGAAGCUCAUUUACCGAUGAACAAAGAUCGUGAAAGAAAAAAGAAGAAAGGCGCAGCCAAAACAGAUGUAAAGAAAAAAUCAUCAGAAAACUCCAACAGGGAAACGUAA